AUGGGCCGCCGCGGCGCGCUGGCCCUCGCCAUGGUCUCGGCUCUGCUGUGCCAGGUCUGGAGCUCGGGGGUGUUCGAGCUGAAGCUUCAGGAGUUCGUCAACAAGAAGGGGCUCUUGGGGAACCGCAGCUGCUGCCGCGCUGCCACGGGGCCGCCGUGCGCUUGCCGGACCUUCUUCCGCGUGUGCCUCAAGCACUACCAGGCCAGCGUGUCCCCCGAGCCACCCUGCACCUACGGCAGUGCCGUCACUCCCGUGUUGGGCGUGGACUCCUUCAGCCUGCCCGAAGGCUCGGGUGCCGACCCCGCCUUCAGCAACCCCAUCCGCUUCCCCUUCGGCUUCACCUGGCCGGGCACCUUCUCCCUCAUCAUUGAAGCCCUGCACACGGAUUCCCCGGAUGACUUGGCUACAGAGAAUCCAGAGCGUCUCAUCAGUCGCCUGGCCACGCAGAGGCACCUGACCGUGGGCGAGGAAUGGUCCCAGGACCUGCACAGCAAUGGCCGCACCGACCUUAAGUACUCCUACCGCUUCGUGUGCGACGAGCACUACUACGGCGAGGGCUGCUCUGUGUUCUGCCGGCCCAGGGACGAUGCCUUCGGCCACUUCACCUGCGGGGAGCGGGGCGAGAAGGUCUGCAACUCUGGCUGGAAAGGCCAGUACUGCACGGAACCAAUCUGCCUCCCGGGGUGCGACGAGCAGCACGGCUUCUGCGACAGGCCAGGCGAGUGCAAGUGCAGAGUGGGCUGGCAGGGCCGAUAUUGUGAUCAGUGCAUCCGCUACCCUGGCUGUCUCCAUGGCACCUGCCAGCAGCCCUGGCAGUGCAACUGCCAGGAGGGCUGGGGAGGCCUCUUCUGCAACCAAGAUCUCAACUACUGCACGCACCACAAGCCCUGCAGGAACGGGGCCACCUGCACCAACACAGGCCAGGGCAGCUACACCUGUUCCUGCCGGCCAGGCUACUCGGGUGCUAACUGCGAGCUGGAGACAGACGAGUGUGAGGCUGGCCCCUGCAGGAAUGGCGGCAGCUGCACGGACCUGGAGAACAGCUUCUCCUGUACCUGUCCACCUGGCUUCUAUGGCAGGCUCUGUGAGUUGAGUGCCAUGACCUGCGCUGAUGGCCCCUGUUUCAACGGGGGCCGCUGCACAGACAACCCUGAAGGUGGCUACACCUGCCACUGCCCCCUGGGCUACUCUGGCUUCAACUGCGAGAAGAAGACAGAUGCCUGCAGCUCCUCACCCUGCUCCAACGGUGCCACCUGUGUAGAUCUUGGCAACGCCUACCUGUGCCGCUGCCCAGCGGGCUUCUCUGGGAGGCACUGUGAGAACAAUCUGGAUGACUGUGCCUCCUCACCAUGCUCACAUGGAGGCACCUGCCGGGACGGUGUCAAUGACUACUCCUGUACCUGCCCCCCAGGCUACAUGGGCAGGAACUGCAGUGCCCCUGUCAGCCGCUGCGAGCACGCACCCUGCCACAACGGGGCCACCUGCCAUGAGAGAGGACACCGGUACCUGUGCGAGUGCGCCCAGGGCUACGGUGGCCCCAACUGCCAAUUCCUGCUGCCAGAGCCACCCCCGGGCCCCGUGGUAGUGGACCUCACAGAGAAGUUGGUUGAAAGCCAGGGUGGACCAUUCCCCUGGGUGGCUGUGUGUGCCGGCAUCAUCCUGGUCCUCAUGCUGCUGCUGGGCUGUGCUGCCACCAUCGUGUGCAUGCGGCUACGGCUGCAAAAGCGCCGGCCACCUGCCGAUCCCUGCCGGGGCGAGGCAGGGACCAUGAACAACCUGGCUAGCUGUCAGCGGGAGAAGGACUUGGCGGUGAGCGUCAUUGGGCCUGCACAAAUCAAGAACACCAACAAGAAGGCUGACUUCCAGGGGGACCACGGCGCCGCCGACAGGAAUGGCUUCCGAGCCCGCUACCCUGCUGUGGACUAUAAUCUGGUGCCAGACCUCACAGGCAGUGAUACCGGCAGCAGUGACACUCCUGGGCACCCAGACAUCAAGGGGCAGCCCCAGGGCUGUACCGGGGAGGAGAAGGGCAGCUCUGCCACACUCAGGGGUGGGGAAGCCACAGAGAGGCGAAGACCUGACCCUUCCUACCCCAGCAUGAAGGACACCAAGUACCAGUCGGUGUACGUCAUAUCGGAGGAGAAGGACGAGUGCGUCAUCGCCACCGAGGUGUAG